CUUAUGCAUUUGGAUCUGAAGAGGAGAAGCAAAUUCCAUCAAAACACAUGUCUUUAUUUUACUUUUUAAGAAGUUGAGAUUUGUAAUAAGGUUUAAGAGAGAAAAUAGAAACCCGUUAACCCGUUUUUUGCUCAGAUCUCAACGCCGGCCGUGUACUCAGUUCUUGACUCAGAUCUAUACAAAAAGUAGAAAACAAAGUGAAUAUUAAAGAAAGACAGAUUGAGUAACGAAGAGAUAGAGAGAAGAUGGUAACUGAAUAAUUUUUGAAAAUUUAAUAUUUGAAGAGGAAAAUGACUGAAUAUAGUUGGUCCGAGGAACAAUGAAAAGCUCCGCUAAUUAUUACAACUAGGGGUUGGCCCGUCCUACGGGCGGGUGAGUAUACAUUAAAACUAUUUUAUAUUAAAAUAUGUAUUAAUUUUAUAAAACAUUUGACAAUUUACUUUAAACUAUUUUUUUUCUAAAAUCAUAUAUAUUGUAAAUUUUAUUAAAUUUUUCUGGUUUGAGUUGAAAAGACCAUUCACAUUUUUUUUUGUUAGAUACAAAAUUAUUAAAUAAAAACUAAGAAAAAUGCAUUGAUUAAUAUUUUUCUAUUUUAUUUCCAUUGCAAUUUGAUAAAUUUAAGAAAAUCUAAAGCAAGAAUAACAAAUAUUUUUUUUUUCUAGUACCAGAUUUUAAUAUUAUUACAAUAAUUUAUUUUUUCGCGAUAAUAAUACAUUCACUUCCAAGCUAAAUCAAUCGAAAAUCAAAUGUAAUGUGAUAAAAUUAUAAAUAUUUAUAUUUUUAAAGUAAUAUAUAAAAAGUUUCGAUAAUUUCAUAAAUGAUAAUUAGAAUAUUUUAUGUAACAAAAAUUAUGUUUUCAAAUAUAUGUUUUCAGUUUAUAUUAGAUAUUCAAGUUAUAAUGAAGUUUUCCUUAAUUUUUAGUGUUUUACUAAUUAUGUUUUGUAAAUUGUUUUAGCGUUUUCUGAAUUUUUUUUAAAUUUUUUUUAUUGAAAUGUCACUCAUGCUAUUUAAAAAUAUUUUUAUAAAUAGUGUUAUAAAUUAAUAAGAUAUUACAUUUCUAAUAGAAUUUUACUUGAAUUUCACACCCUAUCAUAACAAAUAAUUUACUUUGAAUAAGCUAGAGUAAACCAAACAUAAUUUAAUCAAAUAACUUAAUUGUAGUGUAAUCAUUAAUAAUAUGGAAAUUACGAGAAACCAAACAGCGCACAAAUGUUUUCUGAAAUUUGUUUGUCUUUUCAAAGACUAAAACCUAAAGAAGUAACUAAAUCAUUUAAUCUUUUCAGUGGUGAUGUAUUGAAUGUUUCUAUGUAAUUAAAUAUCUCAUUCUCAGUUUCCACAUAGUAACAUAACAUCAUAAAGCAUGUAUACUUACAUAAUUAAAUGGAACAAAACAAUAUGUUAGGUUUAUAUUCCAGACCAAAACAAUUAAAGAAUAUAUCACCAAAACUGCAAACAGUUAUGUAUAUACUUUGAAUCUACACAAAUCAUGAUUUAUUUUUUACUCUUGUACAUUUACUUUGAUUUUUUGUUAUACUUUUUUUUCUUAAAUUUGAUUUAGAUAUUGCGAAAGACGAAAUAAUUGACUCAAUGUAAUAGAGUUAGUAUCUUAAUUAGAUACACAAUAUAAAAGUUAGUGUUGUUACUGAUAUACUUUUUUAUGUUUGCUUUUUUUUUUGAACAUCAUGUUUUCUUAUUUUACGAUCAAGUUAUUAUCCAUGUAUAAAACAUAUAUUUUUAUCAUAAUUUGGAUUGAAGAAUUUUAGAGUUACAUAGCAAAGUUGUGUAUGUCAAAAGCAUCAUGUCAUCCUUUGCGUAUCUCAUCGAGACAACCACGAACCAAACCAACUUGACCAUCACAACCUGCCACCUAUCCUCAUCAUCAUCAUUGCCACUAACCACCUGCCACCUAUUAUCACCAUCACCUGAGGUCAGAAUGUCUCACAGACCUGUUGUCUCCAUGCGAGAUACAUUUGAAGCACCUCUGCUGAUGCAGACAUUACAACUUUGAGCUGAAUUCUAUUUUUUUUUUUGGGGAAAAUAUGCUUUCGUUUUUGUUACAUACACUGCAGCAAAGAACGAAGCUACCAACGAAAAAAUCUUACUGCACUUUAAACAAAUGGAGAUAUUAAAAACCACUUCAAUCAGAGAAACAAAAACUACAAAUUAUUGUGCAGGAAGUUUUCUACAUAUCAAUUAAGUGUAGACAAAUCAAAACCUGGCUCGUCUCUGCUAGAAUCUUGAUGUUUCUUGAUACAAUUUGGAUUGAAGAAUUUGUAGAGCCAAGUUGUAUCGAGACAACCAGGAACCCAACCAACUGAAUCAUCACCACCUGCCAUCUAUCAUCAUCAUCAUUGCCACUAACUUGAAAAAUCUAAUUCCCAUACGCUAAAAGUUAAAUAUGCAUAUAUAUUACUCAUCAUAAACUGCAUCCUUUCUCUGCACUCUCUUGCACAUUCAUCUCGUUUCGCUGCAAAACGCCAAACUGUACCGUACAAUGGGUUUCACUUCUUAAGAUCAAAUACCUGUAAUUGUAUAACCACCUUGAUCUCACAAAGCAAGUACAAUUAUCACAGAAACAAACAAAAAACAAUCCAAGUAAUAAAGUUUUUGUUUUUUCAUGAUAAGAAAAGUGUAAACGUUUUUUAAUGUACUAAGAAACUUUCUUACACAUGAAUCAGAAUCUAUAAAGCCAAAAGAUUGUGUAACUUUCACCGAUAACAAUCAGAGAAAGACAGAAGAUUUAAUCAUGACAGAACACUAAGAAUAUCGUAGCUCUACAACCCACAUCGAAUCAACUUAUACCAUAUACUUUACAACAAAGUGAUUCCAUCCACAAUCUAAACUCAAAUAAAGUGAAAAGUAGAUUAAAAUCCUCUUCAUAUAAUUAAAGAAAGAACGACCCAGAACCGUGAAUUAAGUUUUUUUUUAACCAACAUCAACGUAAAUGCAAAGUUGAAGUAAGGUGAGCUCAAAAGUUACGAUCUUUAAUAUCUGAUACAAAAAUCAAAACAAAAGACACAGACCUGUUCUGCUCUCAUCAACCAUCGAAGCCUCUCUUUAAGAACAUGUACAAACUAAUCACUAAUGACUGAGAAAAAGAAAAUGCUGAUUUUUACAGGAAGAAAAUUACAUAUUUAUAACUCCAGAUUCACCGUCUGGAAGAAGGGAGAUGAUAUAUUGAAUGAGAAAUCGUGGAAAGAGUGGGGGAGAUGAUGUUAAAUAGAAUGUUAAUGACAAAAAUGAAUGAUGUCGAGUUUCGUAACUGUGCCAGUUUUCAUAGCAGGUGAGAAGAAUUUCAAGGGUUUGACGCAGACAGCGAAAUAUUUUUCAUGAAACUCACGUUAGUGUGCUGAUGUGUAACUUUGAUUGGUUCUGAAUAUUUUUGAUGAUGUGUCAUGUCUAGAAAUCCUUCAAAUUAGCUUCUUUUAUAUAGUAGGAUUAGUAGCUGGGUCUUUAGUACAGAAGUAUGUCAGUUUAUGCGCAUAACUACUAGUAGAGGCAAUGAAGGCUUUUAAGAUCAUCUCCCAUGUAUUUUGUUAUUUUUACCUCUAAAAUAGAAAAUUUCUAUAAUAGAGAUAAAAUUUAUUUUAAUGUGUUCUCCUAUAAUAGCAAAAUUCAAAAUAUAGAGUAAAAAAUAGAGAUUGCUAUUUCUUCCUCCAUAAAUAGAGGAAAAAAUAGCAAUCUCUAUUUUAGAGGAAGAUAUAACAAUUGAAUUGGAACCAUUUUGCCUCUAAAUACUAUUAUAGAGACAAAAAUAACAAUGGAUUGGAGAUGUUCUAAAAGUUUCAUACAGUAAAUUAAAAGUAGUUGUCUAUUUAAUUAAUUAUCUUAUGAAUCGUAGCUAUUCAGAAAUUUUCUUUCGAAAUAAGAAAUAUAAGAAAAUAAAUAUCCGUUAUAUGGAAUAAUUAUUUAAUUUUUGUUCAUUUUCCAUUUAUUGAUGAUUUUUAUACUAUUUAAUUAAGAUUAGAAAAAUAUUUUUCAAUUAAGCCCACGAUUGAGUUAUGGUGCUAUUUAUGGAAUCCUUUUCAGUUUUAAAAGUGAAUAGUCAGAUCAAAAUCGCUAAUCCCUAAAGAUACAUUCGUUGCAGGUCGAAAGCUCUUGUUUGUUGGCUUCAAUGUCGUCCCAUAAAAAGAAAAGGAAUAAGAAGUUGCUUAAUUCAUCGCCGUUGUUCCCGCUAUCGACCGCAAACUUGUCACUUCCCCAUGAUUUGCUAUUGAACUGCAUCGGACGCCUCUCGAGAUUGUACUACCCGACUCUCUCCCUCGUUUGCAAAAGCUACCGAUCUCUCAUUGCUUCGCCGGAUCUUUACACGACCCGUUCCCUUUUAAACCGCACAGAGAGCUGUCUCUAUGUUUGCUUACAGCGCUCUCCUGACUCUAACCCUAGAUGGUUUACUCUCAGCCGGAGACCGAACCGAACCCUAGCUAGGAAUAAGAAGCUUAGUGACUAUCUUUUGGUUCCAGUCACAUCUCCCCAUGUUACUUCUCUUCGGUCGAGUUCAGUCGCUGUUGGUUCUGAUAUCUACGAAAUAGGCGGACUCAUCAAUGGCGUGCCUUCCUCUAGUGUCUCGGUUCUGGACUGCCGGUCUAACUCGUGGCGCCAGGCUCCAAACAUGCAGGUGGGUAGGUCGUUUCCAUCAGCUAAUGUCAUUGAUGGAAAGAUACUUGUUAAAGGAGGUCUGGAGCUUAAAGACGUGAAUUCAUCCAAGUGGGUAGAGGUUUUCGAUCCAAAUACUCAAAACUGGACGACUGUGUCAUUUACGUGUGGAUCUAAAGAAUGGCAAUCAGAGGAUGAUAAUGGAACGACACGGCGUUCAUCUUCUUUUUGCCUGAUUGAUGACGUGUCUUACUGUUUUGACAACAGAAAGUUAAAAUGGUUUGACGAGAAGGUUGGAGAUUGGAGAUUCGUAACGGGUUUGGAAAGUGUGCCUAAGUGUCUUUUGGGUUUUAACACUUCUUGUCAAGUUCACUUGGCGGAUUAUGGUGGAAAGAUGGUGGUUUUAUGGGACAGGCAUGAUCGUUCUAGCAAUUGUCAGGGAAGGACUAUUUGGUGUGCGGUGAUUGCCCUGGAAAGGUGUAGUAGUGAAGAGAUUUCCGGGACCGUCGAGUGGUCUGAAGCGGUGCUUAAAGUCCCCAACUCUUUUGCAUUCGUGCAUGUUCUUGCUGCUAUAGUUUGAUGGAAACACAAUUGAGACAUGUGUUUAAUCAAUCAGUACAAUUCUGGUUUCAGUCUUAUGGUGACUCUUCUCUGUGUCUUUAGCUGCUUUUUUUUACCCUUGUAAACCUUUACUAGGCUUCCAAUAUUUUUUAGAUUCUUAAUGGUUAACUUAUGGUAUUGCCGUUACUGCUACAAGCCUACAAUGCAUUUGAAACAUUAUCAGCGCCGCCCUUGCCUGUCACAAGCCCUACUCAAAACUAAAAGUGUGCUUUGGUCAGCUAUGUGAGUUUAAGAAUGUUACCGUUCUAUGUUGUCUAACGUUUACUGUUCUGGAUACCUGUAGCAUUUAAAAAAAAAAUACUUCAAGUAAAGUAUUAUGAGUGAUUUUCUCUUUAAGACACGUUUUGGAGUUUUUUAACAGCCGAAGACACUUCUUGCAGGCACAUUCACGGUAGUCAGAAGUUAGUUUGCUUUAUGUGUUGAGGAAUUAUUACGGUAGGUUUAUAGGAAAAAAAGGCUUUUUUGAGUUGUUAGAUGUGGUUAGUAAAAGUAGAUCGUUGGGCUAGGAUUAUUUGAAUCUUUUAAUAUUACUAUUAUCAAUUCUCCCCCUAUUUAUUUAUGUGAUUAUUUUCAAAUAUUAAAGUAUCUAAAUAAAUAAUUUUGAUAUAAUAAGCUAUAACUUUUUAUCUUCUACAUUUUAAGUUUCAUAUAUAUAUAUAUUUUAUAUAUUUUAACAAUUAUAUAAGAAUGUAAAGAUAUUGAAACGAGUAUUUUUCAUUUCAAGACCCUUUAUGAGUUUUUAUCACAGUUUGAGACACUUGUCACUACUAAGGUAUUUUAUUGUUGUUGUUUUACAACAUUAUCCCUCUAAUUGAAACAAACUGUGUUUUUUUAUUUUGUUCAGUUAAUUCUUUUAUUUUUUAAAGUAUUUAAAUUUUAAAACCAAAGCAAUGCCAAACACUUUGUAAUUUAAUUUGACCCAUAAAUUUUGUUUUUGACCAAAAGUUUCUAAGUUUUUCGACCAAAAUCCGGCUGGGCUAGCCGGUUUAAGCAAUGGUAAAAUCAGGAAGUGCUUAAUACCCUGUUCAAACACCGGGUGUGUCGUGACCAGAAAAUCAGGGGAUAGGGUAAAUGUUUGGCAGAGAAGAGCCAUGGAGUUUUGAUUGUAACUGGUUAAAACUCAGGAAUUAUGAAAAAUUUUGUUUUUUCUUAUGUGUUGGCUUUAAUCGAAAUGUAUGCAAUAUGUGUAAGGUUUGGAGGUAGAACACCAAAAAAAAAAAAAAUUGCAUGAAAAAAAUCUAUGGAGGCUCUGAGAUAGUUGCAGAAAUCAUGGGAAGCCCUAAUAUGAAGAUGAUGACAUAAUUACAAAAUUGCCACUCUCCAAAGAAAUUAAGCUAUAAUGAGCAAAACCGCAGAUCGAACCUAGGGCGAGAGAGUCAGAAGAAAAGCCUUUUUACCACUAGUCUACGCAAACAUUUCAUUUUUAUUUUUUAAAAUUAUAUAUGGUUUCUUAUAUAAUGUCAGAAUGUGUACAAGGAGUAUAAAGUUUACUGGUUAUAAGUAAAUAAACUUGAUACUAUAACGAUUUUGUGUUGCUUACAUUGAUAUUGUUAUAUGUUUGUACAUGUGUACAAGCUUUAAUGUGUACAAUGUUUUGUCGAUGUACACAUGUACAAAGUAUAUAAUUUUGGGUGUGCACAUAUUUUUUUUGUUGCAAAGACUUCCUAUUUUAUGAAUAGACCAAUCUAAAAGAAAUAAUCAACCAAAAUGAACAUCGAGUUGAGGAUGUGGGACUCAUUUAUGAUUAAUGAAAAACUAGUGAUUAGUUUGUUCCAUGUAAGAACAUAAAACCUGGGACUUCUUCAAAGAGGCGAGAUCAGAAUCUUUUUACUAGUUGAAAAAUCACAAUUUUGAUUCAAACAAGGGAGACUCAUAAUGACAUGAAGAAAGACACCAAGUUUUCAAAAAAAAAAAUUGAAAU